UUCAAAGCGUAAUAAGUUAAAGCUUAAAUUCGAUCAAAAAGGUGCUGGGAGGUCCUUCCUGGACAAAUUGAACGUAUAUAGAUAUCUUCAGGGUGUCUGUAUCCACUUGUGUAGCCGCGCCUUUCUCGCGCCGUGUGUACUUGACUAUAGUUUCGUUAUGUGUCGUCAUCCGUAACCUUGAAGGCCACCCUCGAAGCAAAGUUGGAGUUUUGAACGGCCAUCAACGGCGAUAGAGUGCCUGUGGUGGUCCAAGUCACUUUGGGAUAGUACCAUUCUAUUAAAUAAAAAGGCGUCCAUACGUAACUUAUUUAGGUAAAGAAUAUGCCGGAUUCCUGGUGUACAUAGAUGGAAGCCGUGCGGAAGAGUGACAAACAGGGCUGGUGGCUAUUAGCGAGAGGUUACUAGAAAGAGGUUAGGUGGGUACGUGCCGCUUGUUUGGAUGCGACAACGAUGCUUUCUCCAUUCAACUAGACAGACCCCCUGCUAAGGCCUUGUGCCUGUUAAGCUCAACCGGUCUACUAGAUGGUUGCUACAAGCAGUAUGGUGCAUCGACAAAUUGCGCCCCGGCGCAAUGUUAGAAUCCUCUUGGUAGGAGAGCGUGAUGUUGGAAAGACCUCCUUGAUACUCUCGUUAGUUAGUGAGGAAUAUGCUGAGGAUGUACCCAGUAAGGCCGAGGAAAUCACCAUCCCUGCUGAUGUUACUCCGGAGCAGGUGCCAACGCACAUUGUUGAUUAUUCUGCUGCUGAACAAACGGAUGAUCAACUGUCGGAGGAAAUUCAAAAAGCACAUGUUAUCUGUGUUGUGUAUUCAGUGGAAGAUGAGGAUACUUUGGAUAGGGCAGCUACUUACUGGCUGCCACUUAUUAGAAAAUGUUCAACCAAUAAUCGAUGCCCUGUUGUACUUGUAGGGAAUAAGAUCGAUCUUGUGGACUAUUCCACCAUAGAGGCUGUUUAUCCUAUAAUGAAGGAGUUCUCUGAGAUUGAAAGCUGUAUCGAGUGUUCUGCAAAAACGCUGCAAAAUAUCUCGGAAAUGUUUUACUAUGCACAAAAAGCUGUCUUACACCCCACAACUCCACUUUAUAACUACGAUACACAAGAGCUCACAGAGGAAUGCAAAAGGGCGCUACAGAGAAUAUUUAAAAUAUGUGAUAUUGACAAUGAUGGGUUAUUAAAUGACAUGGAACUGAAUGCGUUCCAACAAUGGUGUUUUAACACACCCCUGCAACCACAAGUACUGGAGGACGUAAAGGCGGUUCUAUCAAAAAAUAUUCAAGAUGGUGUUUGCAACGGUUGCGUGACUAUGAAAGGAUUCAUGUACCUCCAGUGCUUAUUUAUACAGCGUGGACGAAAUGAGACAACUUGGGCUGUUUUAAGAAAAUUCGGUUACGAUAACGAACUUCAAAUGUCAAAAGAAUACGUCAGUCCAACGUUAAAGGUUCCGCCAGGCUGUACAACAGAACUGUCGCACAAAGGUCAAGAAUUUCUGGCACUAUUAUUCAUGCAACACGACCGCGACCACGACGGAGCCUUAUCCCCACCAGAAUUAGACGCCCUGUUCUCUAGGUGCUUAGUUCCGCCUUGGGGAGACGAGUACAAGUACACUGUACCAACGAACGAAAAGGGUUGGAUAACUAUCCAAGGUUUUCUCUGCCAAUGGGAAUACAUGACAUUAACAAACGUACGCAAAACCAUGGAAUACAUGGCGUAUUUUGGCUACAACAUGUAUCACAACGAGAGUCAAACAAGUGCAAUUUCGGUGACCCGUGAAAAAAAAUUAGACUUGGCGAAAAAGCAAUCCAGCAGAAACGUCUACAGCUGUCACGUGAUCGGUCCAAAGAGUAGUGGAAAGACUACCCUCUGCAGAACCUUUAUCGAUCCUAAACUAGAGAAAUUAUCAGACAAUACGGUGCCGCCAAAUUCACACGUGACUGUGAACACAGUGCACGUCUACGGUCAAGAGAAAACUAUAAUACUCAGGGAUAUUAAUGUGAUGAACGUUCAGGAUGCCCUGACUCCUGCACAAAUUCAGUGCGACGCAGCUGCACUCGUUUACGAUACCAGUAAUCCCAAGUCGUUCGAAUACAUAGCUCGCAUUUAUAUAAAGUAUUUCGCGGACAGCAAGAUCCCUGUGCUGAUUAUUGGUAAUAAGACCGACCUUCCCGAGGUCAAACAAGAAUACUUGCUACAGCCGGCUAGUUUCUGCAGCAAAUACAAGCUUAUGCCUCCUCAGCCGUACAGCGUGACUCGUACAGUGCGUCGUGAGAUAUUCGUUAAACUAGCAACAAUGGCAGCAUUUCCCCGCUUUCAACCAGCGUGGGUAUUAUUUUACAAACACAGUCCUUUGAGGCGUAUGGUCCACAUGUUGCUUGUCAAACCCUCACCCACCGAAUGGUGGAGUUCAUUUACAAGACAUAUGAAGCAAUUUGGGCUGAUACAAGGCGAUUCCGUUGUCUGGUGGAAAGCUGGUCUGGGGAUUGCUGUAGCAACAGUAGCUGGUUUCGUCGUGAUGCGCGUCCUGAAUACGGAUAAAAGAUAGUCUACCAUGUCCUUCCCAUAAUACCCGUAAUCAUCCCUUUUUCGAUCACUUAAAGAAAUGAGCCUAUCUCCUAAGCUCACGUUAAUUUAAUAAACUCUGUUCACAAGUCGUAGAUGUCCCUCGCGUAAUUCGGUACCUCAAUUAACUUUUAACGAGUCAUUACAAAUUGCACCGAUGGACUUACCCGUAUAUAUUUUUGUUUAUGCUUUCCUUUGAUGACUGAGUGACGUCACCUGUUUACACAAUGGAUCACGUGCUAGCGCGUUUCUGGCACUGCAGCCAGACCUCGUGGAAUUUCUUACACCUUUCGAGACUUUCAUUGCGUGAAGCACAUUCAAAAAAAUCUCGAAUUUCUGAGGAACAUUCAUCCAUCUCAGUAGUUCCGGAAGAUGAUGUGGACUUUGCCUCUACCAAUUCACUCUGCCCACGUCCCAGCGCAUUGGAUAACACGUUGCCAAUCAUUUGACCCUUGGACAAUGAUUUUUGUGAUUCUUUUUCUUUUUGGUCUACUGUAUCCAUUCAUCUUUAUCAUAUUUAUAGAUCAUAUGUUUGCUUACUAAUAUAGUUCCAGUCGCGACUCCUGUAGCUGUACUUGCUAUGUUCUUUAGAGAAUCCUGUGUGUUUUCUGCUUUCGCGGUGUUUGGAUCAAUAUUUCUUGUUUGCGGCGAUUGUUUUGAGGUGGGAGCUCUAUUAGGAGCGAAACUACUGAAACUGUAAAUAUUCAGAGUAAUAUUUAUUUUCCAAUAGAACUUAAAAUUUGAAGUAUCUAGCUGUAAUUAGGGUCGUAUAUUUAAUUUGUGGGAUACCCAGGUCAACGUUUUGCGUUUUCCUUGGAUCCUGUUCGACUAUUGUUACAUUAAAUGUCUGUAUUAACA